UCUGCUUUGCGUUCAGUAUUGGACUGCAGCGCGCGCAGAGAUUUUCACGUCUGCUACUUCGGUUCUGGCUAAGAGUGCGGUUCGCGCAAUGCAGUUCGUGCACAAGGCUGUGUUUUGAAGCUCUAAAAGAGAAUACUGAGUGAAUCACAUCGCUAAGCUAAGACAUGCUGAUUUUACAAAGAGAAACGUCAGACCGUUAACCCAUGAAAGACGAUCUUCGUUAUAAAUUGUUCUUAAAGGAAUUUUUCUUGCUAUUUAUUUAUUUUUUUGUAGAUGUGAAAAGUGGGAGCGAGAAUUCAAAGUCGGCCCUGAUAGACGAGACGUCGGGAAGCAUCAAUGGCUUGUUAAUAAGAUUUCAACACAAUAUAUGCUUUUCUAAACCAGAUCACAUAAAAAGGCUGUUUUAAUGCUUUUUGUCUUUUAAAAAAGUGUUAUGGAAUAAUUGGAGAAUACGAAAUAGAUAACAGGAAUUGCAGAAAUGGCGAGAAACUGUGUAAGAUAUAUCGCAAAACGUUUAAAAACAACCACUGUGCAGUUAAAGUGAGUUUUAUUUUCCUGACGUUUUUAUUACCGCCAAACAUUUUCAUUGCACGUGAAUGGCAGCUGUAUCCUGGAACGAAGAAGAGUUAAUUAGUCUUGGAUAGCUUUCUUGAAUGAAGACAGACCAUCGCUGUGACCGUACCGUGUGUUCCUUUGACAACGGGGAACCGGGCGCCUGCGCAAUGGAUGUCUUCCCAGGAGUGUUACACAACACGGAUUUAUAACCGUUAUUAAAAAGUAUGAACCAAACCGAACACACACUGAAUGAUCCGCACACCUGCAUCUACCUCGACGCACUUGAACAGGCGGGUGGUUUCAGUCUACUCGCGGUCAAGCGUAUCGCGAACUCGCUGCGUCCGGAUCGUAAUGGACCCUCAGAAGUGCAAUAUAUAUGAUAGCACGCGAUAAAGAUAAAUUAACUUUUGGAGAAAUUCAGUGCUAUCGCUGGUAUCGACGGUGUAUGAAAACCUCAUGUACAGAAUUGUCUGUCAUCUUGGUAAAGAAAUGAAGUCUUAAAUAUAGACAUUCAUACUUAAUUCUAUUUUUAUUAUUAUUUUGUUUAUAUAUUAUUAUUAUUAUUGGGAAUCAUCCAGAAAUAUAAUAAUCAGUUUGUACUGCUUUAAUUCCAUUUUAAAGCACGUCCAACAGUUACAAUGCUCAAACAAAUUGCUCAACAAUUUAUCCUGUGUGUGAUACUGCUGACAGGAACCAGGGGCCAAACCUCACCCUUCACCACUUCAUCGACAAUGACCAACUCGCUGGUGGAUGAGGACAAACAAUUUGAAAACAAUGUCCUCAGCUCAAUUCUUCGAAUCGUUGACCACAAGUUUGAUACGCUCAGCACCAGACUGACCACCAUGGAGAGAGCCAUCAACGGACUGCAGUUCUACAACAUACGACAGUUUCGCAGUGUAUCCACGAAGAUUCAAAGUACAACCGGGAUAUUAGAACGAGUUGGCGCCCAGGUAGGUCAUGUGAGUGCUGAUUCGAGAGCCUUAAAGCUGGCUGUGAGUAUUCUAGGUCGUGACGUUACUUCCAUGAAAGAAUCGAACGCGCGCAUGUUCCAAGGCUUGGAGCAGAACAUACUUUACGUGAACAAUAACUUUGAAGAAAAGACUGAGGAACUAAAACAGUCUAUAAAGGAUGUGAAUUCUAAUCUAGAAAACAAUGCCGGCGGCGUCGACGCAGGCGACGUUGAGAGUUUACUAACAGAGGCGAUGGUCAAAGACCAUAUUUCUGCCUCUGUGAGCAACUGCAGCGAGAAAAUAUCAUCUCUUGAAGACAAAUUGGACGUUAAAUUCUCCAGGCUGGAGAAUCAAACAGAGAUAGUCCUGGAGAGUCUUUCAAACGUGUCAGUAAAUCGCGAAAGUGUAGCGUCGUGCAACUGUGAUCAAGGUAAGACAUCGUCCUUCAUGGACAACGAGAUGCUGUACCACGCGUUAGAAAACAUGACGUCCAACGUGGUGCAGUCCAUCAGCUUCUUCAGGCACACGAGCAGCAUGCUGGAGAGGAUCAUAGAGAACACGGACAACGUGGCCUACCAGCAGAAGAAACUCCGCACGGACAUAGUGGAGAUAUUCUCCGAGUCCAGCGAAUCGUCCUUUUCGGAAACUUCCGAAAAGCGUGUUGAGAAUUCCUACUCCGAAGGAUUCGAGACACAGCUAAAGGAAGGAGGUUCAGAUUCGGUUGUGGCUUCUCAGCAAAGUGGCGGAAGAAAACCUCGGCCUGUCGGGUCGACAUUCGGUCACGGCGGUACCUCUGGGCGAUGCAAUGUUUCCGAGAGUGUUCUCAGGGGAAUUGCCCAUUUUUCGAAGAAUGGAUCUCAGCUGUUGGAACUUCUCACGGAGCUCGCCCAGAUGAGCUCAGUGUCAAUCGUGGCCUCCAUAGACUCGCUCAGGACUGAGGUGUCGCGACUCGGGGAAUUGUUUAACGACGACCAGUCGUAUCCUUUCGCAGGAACCCUCGCUGAUGAGCUGUCGCUGAUGAAAAUAGCGAACACCACACGAGCAACGUUCCACUUGACCGAAACUGUCGCUUCCAACACGGGAUGGAUUCCUUACAUAUUCCACAAUGUCCAGUUUGUGGAGACCCAACUCAACAAGUCGAUGGAUGUGGCCAACUUGAUGCUGACGGAGAUGAGGAAGCUGCGCAACAAGCUGCCUUCCAACUACGGGCGGAUGGAGAAUGUGAACAGUCAGCACGGCGCCUUCAACCAGGUGCCGAGGACAUCGUCUGCUCACUCUAGGAAGAACCGGCAAUACACCCAGGACAUGACCAACAAGGAGAUAUUGCAAUUCAUCUACGAAACCAACACCAAGCUGAAGAGGAUAAUGCCGGCCUUGACACGCUUAGUGGCAGAGCCAGAACCGUUACUGACGUUGGUCGAAGGGAAAAAUAACAAUGAAGGGAGAGUGGAAAUCUUCCACGACGGACAGUGGGGAACGCUUUGUGACAAGAGACUCGGUCACGUGGAAGCCUCCACAAUAUGCCGCCAUCUUGGAUUCGUGGGUGGCAUUUCCGCCGGAAGCGCCUACUUCGGCGCUGGUUCUGGCAUGUUCUGGUCGUUAAACACGACUUGUUUGAGGACAGCCCGCUGUGCAGCCGUGUCACCGCAAUCCAAGACCAUCAAAUGUUCACACGACGAGGACUUUUCAGUUAUAUGUGACCACAUGGUCCAGUUGGUACCAAUCGAAGAAAGUAACGACGUCAGCACGGGGCUAAUAGAGAUAUACCACAGCGGUAGAUGGCGUCCCAUCUGCUCACACGGCUUCAGUCGGAACGAGGCUCAGGUUGUAUGCAAGCAGCUGGGUUAUACUUCCGGUUGGAUAAGAGAUGGGAAGGAUAGGUCACACAAAUCAAGCUCGGGAUGGAUGACGAAUGUGUCGUGCCGUGGCACCGAGACGCGAAUAGACGCAUGCAGGUAUAACCAUUUCGGAAGACGGUCUUGCCCUGGGCACCGACCAGCGGCCGUAAGCUGUGAGUGAAGAUUUUUGAUUGGAUAUUUGAGGGCAUUCAUGUCUCAUCAAAAGUGACUGCCGUGGAUUAUGAUUGGUGCAGUCUUAGAAAAACAUCAGGACCAACCAAAAGCGAUUGUCUUGGAUAUUAUGAUUGGUUCAGAUUUGACAGUUUGAAAAGCAAUCGUAAGCGACUGUCUCGGAUUGGUUGGAACAUUCGAACAGCUUCAGAACCAUUCAAAGGUUACGGCCUUGAAUUAUGACUGAUACAUUCGAACAGGCUUAGAACCAAAACACGCAUUUGAUAACCACAAUUUCAUCUGUUGGGUUCAACGCAUUUUGGCACGGAAAGUCAAAAUAUUCCGUGUUUUAAAUUCCACCGCCAUGGUGCACGUCAACACAAUUUGGCGUAAACUAAUUACCACCGACCGGAGGCUUUGGAAGUUACGCUUAUUUUAACAUUACCUCUAAGAACUGACUGUGUAGCUGUCUAUGUGUUUUCUGUUUUUUGUUUUUGUUGUUUACGCUCAGUAUUUACUUAGUUGUUGAAAGAAUAAAAAAGCCGCAUACAUCAACAUGGAAAAGCAUACCUUGUAACACAAGAGAGUGUUAAAAGAAAUCUUUCCUUGGUGUUUCAGAAGCCGAGUUUAUCAGCUCAUUUAUGCAUUUGCAGUUAAGUUAACGGGGGGGGGGGGGGGGGGG